CCCCGCCCUCCAAUAUAUGACUCAGUCGCUCCGGCGCGGCCCCUUCGGCUCCGAGCUGAUCCUGUGGUGGGCAGUGUCGUCAGGGCGGCGCUGCAGAGACCUCCACCCAGGACGGCUCCCCCUCCCCGGGCCUCUCCCCUCUUACCCGCGAGUCCCCUCGCCUCGUGGGCCUGUCGGAUCUGAUAUCGUGGAGUGAGGUGAGAGCAGGCCCGGGGAGGGUGGUUACCGCUGAAGAGCCGCAGUCGCGGUCAAGAUGAUAGAGGUACUGACAACAACUGACUCUCAGAAACUGCUACACCAGCUGAAUGCCCUGUUGGAACAGGAGUCGAGAUGUCAGCCAAAGGUCUGCGGCUUGAGACUAAUUGAAUCUGCACACGAUAAUGGCCUCAGAAUGACUGCAAGGCUAAGGGACUUUGAAGUAAAAGAUCUUCUUAGUCUAACUCAGUUCUUUGGCUUCGACACGGAGACAUUUUCUCUUGCUGUGAAUUUACUGGACAGAUUCCUGUCCAAAAUGAAGGUACAGCCCAAGCACCUGGGGUGUGUUGGGCUGAGCUGCUUCUAUUUGGCUGUUAAAUCAAUAGAAGAGGAAAGGAAUGUCCCGUUGGCAACUGACUUGAUCCGAAUAAGCCAGUAUAGAUUUACGGUUUCAGACUUGAUGAGAAUGGAAAAGAUUGUAUUGGAGAAGGUGUGUUGGAAAGUCAAAGCUACUACUGCCUUUCAGUUUCUGCAACUCUACUAUUCACUCAUUCAAGAAAACUUACCAUUUGAAAGGAGGAAUAGCCUUAAUUUUGAAAGACUAGAAGCUCAACUUAAGGCAUGCCACUGCAGGAUCAUAUUUUCUAAAGCAAAGCCUUCUGUGUUGGCAUUAUCUAUCAUUGCACUGGAGAUCCAAGCACAGAAGUGUGUAGAGUUAACAGAAGGAAUAGAAUGUCUUCAGACACAUUGCAAGAUAAAUGGCAGAGAUUUGACCUUCUGGCAAGAACUUGUAUCCAAGUGUUUAACUGAAUAUUCAUCAAACAAGUGUUCCAAACCAAAUGUUCAGAAGUUGAAAUGGAUUGUUUCUGGACGUACUGCACGGCAGUUGAAGCAUAGUUACUACAGAAUAACCCACCUUCCAACAAUUCCUGAAAUGGUCCCUUAAUUGGAUUGUUACAGCAACAAAAAGCUCUUCUCUGAAGCCUUUCUCCACAAUCCGGAGCUAUGGAUUCCAUAAUGUUAUAAUGGAUUUAAGCUGUGAAGCCUCAGAACAUCACAACUAGAUUAGCAUUGAUGUUCUCAGAUUUGGGAAAACUACCUAAUUAACAAACUGUAGUGGAAUUCAAUUAAAUUUGAAUUCAUCUGUGAGGCAUAUGAAUCAAAGCUAAGAGCAUAAAUGUGAAAUGUUAAUAACAAGCCUGGGAAGGUAAACUGUGAAUCUUCAUUUCUAACAUUGACCCAACCUUCUAUAUUGGGUCAGUAUAUUGUAUUUAGGUGUUCUUAAAAGUGGUAACCUAAUUAAAUUCUAAAUUAGGAGGUAUACAUCAAAACCAACAUUUCACAAAUGCACUUUUAAGGCAUAACAAGAAGGGUCACUAUUAGGCAGUGAAAAUGGUUUCUUGGUAUCUAUAGUGCAAGUAAUAGAUAAUCCAGAGAUUGGACUUUAUUGAUACUUGGGAAUUACACUUAAAUUUGAAGGCAUUUUAUAAAAGGAAAACUACACGCCUAGUCAUUUUGGCAUAUUAAGUUAUCUUUAAUAUUUUUUCUAAAAAGCCGGUGAUGUUUAUAUCCAUGAUGAAAUUUACACAGUAUCUACUGCCUCCAUCUAAUCCCAUCAAGAAAAUUUGUUUUUAUUGUAUUAGUAAUUCAAAAUAACUUCGCUCCAAAAACUUGCUGAUUUAACACUCCAGAAGUUUUUACUAAGGGCUGUUUUUACUAAGCAGUUUUUAUAAAAACUGCUAUUGCUUCUAAUUUAGAAUUCUUAAAGGAAGAGAAUAUACUUUCACUAAUUGCCCCUCCUGUGUCAAAAGAAAGUCUAAAAAAGUAAGUAGGCAUCUUCAUAAUUAUAAAGUUGUUAAGGUAGUAUUCGAGAUCUUCUAUUAAGUCAGUGACUAUAAGGAGAUCUACGGCAUUAAAAAUGUUGUAAACACGGCGGGGAGUCUGCUUCUCCCUCUGACCCUCCCCCCUCUCAUGUGCUUGCUCUCUCUCAUUCUCUCUCUCUC